GUUAGUCAGGAGCAGUGGAUCCAUUUCUCAUAAGGAGCAUAUCAUUAGUUUGACUUGUAUAAGUAUAACGAGGGUUUCUUUCUAUUUCAUUUCUUUCAGUUGAAUGCGGCAAAACUAUGGGAAACGAGAAUUCCAAGAACAAGAAUGAGACAAGUCCUGAGAAGCAUGAAAAUGGAUCAGUGAAUGGCCUCUCUGCUAACAUCACAUCAAAUGGAUUGGAGAUUGAUGUUAACAGUGAGACCACAGUCAAGCAAAAUGGCGGGCCCAUCUCCUUAAACCUUGCCAAAGAAACGACUGAGCCUGAUUCUGAGAUUGUUGAAUCAGACUGUAAACCGACGGACGCUCCAGUCAUUUCUGACAUCCCUGUAACCACCGUCCAGGAGGUGGUGGAAGAGGUCAUGAAAAGUAAAGAAGUAAAAGUCCAUCUUUUUGGCAAGAUGUUCAAAAAGAAAGCAGAACGUUCAGCUGAUGUCAAGAGUGUUCAAGAAAAAACGACCUCAAAUGAAGAUCAAACAGAUGUAAGUCUUCCUGCCACUGAUCCACAGCCGGAGCCAGCUAUCCUAGAGCAAGAACCUGAACCAUUAAGGGAGCCAGAACGUGUGACUAUUGACCCGGGUCCAGAGGGAAAAAAAGCUCCUGAAACUGACGAGAGAAACAGCCAACCUUUGGAAAACCAAGAGGACAGUAACCCAGAAAAGAAUCUAGUUAUGAACUUCUUCAAAACACUAGUGACUCCCACUAAAACAACCAAAAAGGAAACAGCCACUCCUGAUGCCACAAAAGAUCAGUCCCAGAAGGAGACCCAACCAGCGGCAACCACCACUGUUGCACAAGUAUCUGAGCCCCCUGUAGCACCCAAAGGAAUGUCUAUCCCACCACCACCUCCUCCAGAGCCACCAAAAAUGGAAAUCAAAGGAGAACCUGCAGCCAAACCUGUAAAACCCAUAUCAAAAGAAGAGACAAAAGCUGCUGCAAAGGAACCCGAGUCCUCAAAAGGAAAAUCAGCCAAAGAUACUCUGAGCAAAUUCUUCCGACCAAAGGUACUGCUAGGCGUCAAGGCAUCCAAAGGCAAGGGUGCUUCAGCAAGUGGAGCCAAUGCCCCCGCCAAGACUGCAGCAGUGACAAUCAAGGAGGCACCACAGCCAGCACUAGAAGUAAAGGUACAACCAGUUGUAGAAGUACAGAGAGAAAAUAUUGUUGAACCUCAUGAGACAGCAGAGGAGGUUGCACAGCCAGUUGUAAAAGAGCAGAUGGUGGAAAAGGCACCACCGCCAGUGGUAGAAGCUGAGAAGGUGGAUCCCUCAAAAGCCAGCACUCUGGAGGCUGCUGCAAAGCCAGAACCGCCACCGCCUGUUCAGGAAGAAAAGAAAACAGCCUCAAAAUCACCUUUCCUUUCUUUCUUCAAGCCUAAAGUACUGUUAGACCACAUGACAACAAAAGUCCAGGCAGCCUCCACAAGUGGAGUUCGACUCCUCAGGAGAACAACUGGACUGCCUGCUGAUCCAAAGAAGGCGACCCCUGCCCCAGCGGCAGAGGCAGCUCCGACAGUUAAAGCCAAGGAGGAACCCAAACCGGCAGCCAAGUCAUCAGAGGCGGUUGUAGAUAGCAAACCAGCUUCAGUGGCCACCCAAGCUGCGGAUGAAGCAGCCAAUGUGCCCAGGAAAUUGGAAAAGAGGAACUCCAUCCACCUGUUCUUUAAAAAUCUGAGUCAGAAACGUAACUCUACAGAUGCUGGGGUCCAGACAGAGCCAGUAACUGUCGCUCCAGCUGAAAAGACCAAGUGAAACCAAAACCAACAGUGACGUUUCCCUGUACAGACUCCCUCCCUCUUUCCUGUCCUUACUCAAUCUUUAUCUCUCUCUCUCUCAUCUCCCUUUCAACCCCUAUUCAAAUACUUUAACUACAUUUUUUUGUUUUUGUUACUGUUUAGAAGAUACAAUAUGAAAAGAAAAGUGACUGGGAGGAUAAAUGCAAGUGAACAAUUGUGAGAAAGAUGAACAGUGGGCAGGUAGUCGAACUGGUGGUGAUUUGAAUUGGUGAAAUGGUUGAUGAGAUAUAUAUAUAUUUUUAGUAAUAUAGAUAUCUUGACAAGUAUAGCAAUGUGAGUGUGAAACCUUUUCUACAGGUAUUUAAUGUGACUUCUCUUUGUUCUUGCAACUUGACAUACUGGGCUUAUGCAAUAGACUGUACCAUGCUUUGCUUUCAGCAAUUAACAUGUCAAAAACAUUUAAAAACACAUAGUCAUAUACAACCUAUUUUUACAGUUACCAUACCAGAAAAAUCAUGCAGUUGUGGCAAUGCAGAGAUAAAAUGAAAUUAUACUGAAAAAAGUACUUAAAUGAUACGUUAAAAUUGAGAACUGAUUAAGCUGAUAAGAGGAGCUUGUUUAUAUAACAAAAUGCACUUAACGAUUUUUCUAACUUUAUGUAAGCUAUAUGUAGAGUAAAGCACAUACAUAAAUAUCCUAACAGUCAUAUAUUGGGAUAUAUGGGAAAAUCACAAUCUUUACUGUUUACUGUGGGGAACUGAUUGUAAGUGUUCACAUUAACAAAUGCAUCUGAGGUAGCAAAAUGGUGUCAUUGUGCAAAUGUGUCCUUGUGGUACGUUUUGCAGCAGUCAUAAAUCACAGUCGAUUAGCUUUUAAUUUGAUUGCAGCAUUUUUUGUCAAGUAAUUAAAUGAAAGUCUUGUGGUGUUAGUCAUUUGUUUUUGGCAUGUGCAAUUAAUAUCAUGCUUUUGUUUUCCUAUAUGUAUGUAUGCGUGCAUGUGUAACUUCAGCCAAUUUGAAGACAAUAAAUAUGUUCACCAUUCA